ACACCGAAAGGGGAACGCACAUUUUUUUAUACAUUAAUUAAUACAAAGUGAAAAGAUAUUUCGAUAUGAGCAUGAUAGGGUGUGUUGGUUCUUUGGGUAAAAACAUUUUGCUCCUCUCAAAUCUUUUCUUUGUGCUGGCUGGAGUAGCUCUGAUAGGUUUGGGAGUGGCGACGGAACUACCGGUUCUCUGGGUAUCAGACCUCUUCGAUGAUUCACAAAUAAUUCAGCUGGCACCCAUCGUGGCGAUCGUUGCCGGAUGUGUCGUCUUCACGAUAAGCUUCUUUGGAUGCUGUGGGGUCAUCAAGGAGAGCCAGUGCAUGCUUGUUAUUUACGCCUUCUGUAUGAUACUCCUCGCGGUAUUAAAAGUAACGCUCUGUACAUUAAUUAUUAUCAAGCAUGAUGAUUUCUUUGAUGGCCUCUCUCGACUACUCACAGAAUCGUUUAUCGAUGAUCCAUUGGAUUUCCAGAAUAUCGAGAGAAUAUUCGUAUGUUGCGGCCCCUUGGGCCCUGUCUCGUACCUCAACGCUACUUUACCAGAUUCGUGCUGCUUUCGACCAGUCUGCACUAUACUCAAUGCUUACAAAGGAUGCAAUAAAGUCAUAGAGAACUUUUUCUACGCCAUUGGCUUAGCGACGAUUAUCAUCGCCGCUAUCGUAGCUGCCUUUGAGUUCUUAGCGGCCGUUAUAAGCUGUUGUGUCGCCAACUAUAUCCGCAUCAAAGGCAGACAAAGACUUUAUUAG